AUGGCUUCUUUGCUUCAUUCAUGGCGCCUAAUCUUCUUCUUAUCGGCGGCAGUGGCCUUCAUUGGCAAGGCCGCAGCCGGAUACUCCACUCCGGUGUUCCGGCCGACUCCUUGGAAGCUUGCCUAUGCAACAUUCUAUGGCGAUGAGACAGCGGCUGAGACUAUGGGUGGGGCUUGUGGGUACGGGAACUUGUUCAGCACUGGAUACGGCACAGACACGGCGGCACUGAGCUCGGUGCUAUUCAACAACGGGUACGGGUGCGGGCAAUGCUUCCAGGUGCGGUGCGCGAAAUCACAGUAUUGCUAUAAGAAUUCGCCCAUCGCCACCAUCACGGCCACCAAUCUCUGCCCUCCCAAUUGGUCCCAGGACUCCAAUCACGGGGGGUGGUGCAACCCGCCCCGCACCCACUUCGACAUGGCCAAGCCGGCCUUCAUGAAGAUCGCCCAGUGGAAGGCCGGCAUUGUGCCCGUCCUCUUCCGCAGGGUGACAUGUGUGCGCAAAGGUGGCGUACGGCUGGCGUUCCAGGGGAACGGAUACUGGCUGUUGGUGUACGUGAUGAACGUGGGCGGAGGUGGGGACAUAGCCAACAUGUGGGUGAAAGGCAGCAAGACCGGGUGGAUCAGCAUGAGCCACAACUGGGGCGCCUCGUACCAGGCUUUCGCAACCCUCGGAGGCCAGUCGCUUUCCUUCAAAUUGACCUCCUACACUUCUCACCAAACCAUCAUUGCUUACAACGUUGCUCCUUCCAACUGGCGUGCGGGAAUGACUUACACUUCCAAUCUCAACUUCCACUAAUUAAUGCUCGAUAAUUCUGUUUUCUUAGGGAAAUGCUCGUUAAAAUUAUGAGCAACGACAUUUCAAAUAUGAAUAAGAGAUCUAUAUGUAUU